GAACCCCCGAGUACCUUCCGCUCCAGGAAGAGAACUCUCCACCUCCCCUCGGGAUGGUCCCCGCAUUGUUGCUCUGCCCACGGGAGCUGCUGCUAUGCUCACUAUUCCCUGUCCCCUCAGCCCCAUACCCUGGCUGCCACCCCCCAGGACCUUGUGCCUGCCCCAGCCUCGGUCUUACACCCUGCAUGACAUGCCCAUGGGAUGCAUCAUCCCGGGUGGGUCCCUGGCACCCCUCCCUGCCUGAUGCCAACCAGCCAGCCCUGGGAGCUCCUUGCUCCUGCUCUGUACCCCCAUACCCCUCUCUCUGGGUCGCAGGUGUAGCCCGGAUCCUGGCCCACGAGGCUGGUGUGACUGACAUCGUCGUGCUGCAGGCCGCCCUCCUGCACGACACGGUGGAGGACACGGACACCACGCUGGCAGAGAUUGAGGAGCAGUUCGGGCAGGAGGUGAGCGGGGUGGUGGCAGAGGUGACAGACGAUAAGACACUGCCCAAGAUGGAGCGAAAGCGGCUGCAGAUCGAGCACGCCCCGGGGAGCAGCCCCCGUGCCAAGCUGGUCAAGCUGGCAGACAAGCUCCACAACCUGCGUGACCUCAACCGCUGCACCCCGGAAGGGUGGUCGCCGGAGCGCGUGCAGGAGUACUUCCGGUGGGCGGCGCAGGUGGUGGUCGGCCUCCGCGGGACGAGCCCGGCGCUGGAGGCCGCGCUGCAGCGGCUCUUCCAGGAGCGCGGCCUGGCGCUGGAGCCGCCGGCCGCGCCCGGCCGUGGCUCCGGGUCCGGCGAGGAAGGCCGGGAGCCAGGGGCGGGGCGCGUGGGUCAAUAAACGUGCGCAGAGCUAAGCGUUCCGUGUCUUCCGUCGCCGGGCACUUCCGCCGGGGGAGCCGCGGCCG